UGCAAAGACUAUGACUUGAUUCAGUUUGAUUACUGAUUAAUAUAAUCAUUUUAAAUAUUUUUAAUCCUUCACCUUGGGCUGGCACCUUGUCGUGGUGGUGAAGCUUGUGUGUCUCAUUGACCCUGCAAAGACCUUGGAAUGAGGUCUUCUUUUUCUGGAUCAGUUGAGGGGUUGAGACCAGACUAAGACCAGCUCCAGUUCCUCCUACAUUCAGUGAGAUGGACUUUGAAUGUGUCUAAAUAUCACCUGUUUUUAUUUGCUUUGUUUGAAGAGAUCUGCAUUUAGGCUAAUUAUUUAAUAUUUUAUGACAUCACUAGGCAUCGUGACAGGGUUUACCUUGCUGAAAAACAUGUCAGGCAGAUGGUGGAUCAAGUAGGCCGUGAUGUUAGCAAGGUUACAUUACACAGUAAUGACCUCUUUACACCUGGAGUUGCAGCAUUGUGCACCUGCCUAAGGUAGUUUUCUUUCCUGGUGCAUUUUGUUCUGUGGAUCUGAUGUCUCUUUUCCAACACCUAUUACUGGACUUUUCAAUGCAUUAGGAAAAGCUUCCCCGGUGUGUGCACUUCUCCCCCAAUUGGACUCCUUGGAAACAUUUUACCGCAGACUCAUUGGCAACGGACCAGUCGAGCAGUGUCCUGAAGACAUGCUUCUACUCCAGCAAACUUUUCCCCUCCUGUUUGACAUUGUGGAAGGAGAUCAGCUUCUUGAGACCUUGACUGCAUUUAUUACUGACCUGUUGGAAAAAGCAAAGUCUCCGUUCAGCAGAAAUGGAUCAAUACCAGAUGCUGUGCAAUUGGAUGUACACCGCACAAAUGAUGUAGAAUACUAUCCUUGCCUGCCUGUGGUAAGAAAUCGUGGUGACUAUUGCCUGGAUGACACAACUCCAAACAUCUGCGCAAAGAGGAGUACUCGACACCCAUCCUUACUUCCUGGAGUUUUCUUAGUGCACUGUAAACACGAUUAUCCUGACAAGCUCCGGGUUUACGCUCUGCCUGUGGUUUUAGUUAUCAGGUUUAGGUUUUUCUCAACAAAUGUCAUUUUCUUGAAAGACCGAAACUGUUUGUAACGCUUAGUUUUCAGAAGCAUAACAUCUGCAGCUGUCAAGUCAAAGAAUCGCACAAAUUAACUGACUUGCCUGUUUUGUUUUGUUUGUUUUUUGCUGUUUACUGACUAAAUCGAAGUUUUUCUUACAAUUUAUUGGCUAAAUGGCAUAACGACUUGUAUAAAUAAAGGUUGUUGAUUUCUAUUGUCUAGUGAUGUACCCCAGUUACACCCUCUCUUCAGCCUUUAUUACAUGUUCUUACACAACAUGCUUUCAGGCACUCAGUGUACCCAGUGUUGCUGUGAUUAUGUUUAAAACGGUUUUAUAUCCUCUCUUUUGAUUUCCA